AGGUGAAUUUAGCUCCAAACCUUGAGAAGGACAAUCCAUAUAUGCUUUUAUUGUGAAUGUUGCGACCGGAAACGUUAGCCCGUGCUAGCUAGCGUGAUGCUGACGCUAGUUUAAACAACAAUAACAUGACGGGAAAAGUGUCAAAAUAGUCAAAAACGAGGACGUCUGAGGUUCACACGUCACUGUCUGCGUCUGUUUGUCCGGUUCGCUUCACUUCCGGUGGUUUACGGUCACGUCUAAACACGUUUUAAACGGGGUUUGCGGCGCUAAAGUAUCAGCUAACGCACGCGACUUUUUCCCGGGAAGUCGUUGCUGUCUAAAAUCGGUCUCGUGUCGUUUUCGGUUUUUUCUCGGCGCGGUUUAAAUACAGCCGCACGUGCACACACGCCCCGCACGUGCACACGCUGUCACGCAGCAGGAAGGGGCGGCGGGAAGGAGGAGCCGCCGCCGCGGGACGACUUUCUCCCCGCUCCACUCCCUCGCCUUCCCCGCCGCAGCCUCCAGCUCUGACCCGACGCCGCCGUCGGUAAAGCCGCUAAAAACAGAGAAAUGUACCGGUACUUCGGAGAGCUGCUCUCCCGGGGAGCGGGCGCCGUCCUGGCCUCGGGAGGCUCCGCCGCCGCCGCCGCCGUGGACUCCGCUCUCCCGGCGACCGCGUCCCUGCUGCGGUGCCGCGGCUACAGCCAGGCCGUGGACGCGGACGACGACCCGAACUUCUUCACCAUGGUGGAGGGCUUCUUCGACCGGGGCGCCGCCAUCGUGGAGGACCAGCUGGUGGAGAGCCUGAAGACCCGGGAGACCGCGGAGAUGAAGAGGAAGCGGGUCCGCGGGAUCCUGGGGAUCAUCAAGCCGUGUAACCACGUCCUGAGCGUCAGCUUCCCCAUCAAGAGGGACAACGGAGAGUGGGAGGUGAUCGAGGGCUACCGGGCUCAGCACAGCCAGCACCGGACCCCCUGCAAGGGAGGUGAGACCUGAAACCGCACCGGCACCGCACCGGCACC